AGUGUAAUCUAUACCCAGCUCAACAGGCAGAGACACUGCGGGAGGAGAGACAGACUGUGAGACAGACACAGGGCAAAGAAAGUGACAGUCCCAUGUCAAGAGUCAGACAGUAGACGAGUAUUGGAGAGACAGCCAGUAGAGGGUUAGCUGAAGAGACAGCCAGUGGAGCAGUAUUUGGAGAGACAGCCCCUGGAUCAGUUAUUGGAGAGACAGCCAGUAGAGGGUUAGCUGAAGAGACAGCCAGUGGAGCAGUUAUUGGAGAGACAGUCAGUGGAGCAGUAUUUGGAGAGACAGUCAGUGUAACAGUUAUUGGAGAGACAGCCAGUGGAGCAGUAUUUGGAGAGACAGCCAGUGGAGCAGUAUUUGGAGAGACAGCCAGUGAGCAGUAUUUGGAGAGACAGCCAGUGGAGCAGUAUUUGGAGAGACAGUCAGUGGAGCAGUAUUUGGAGAGACAGCCAGUGAGCAGUAUUUGGAGAGACAGCCAGUGAGCAGUAUUUGGAGAGACAGUCAGUGGAGCAGCUAUUGGAGAGACAGUCAGUGGAGCAGUAUUUGGAGACACAGUUAGAGAGCAGGAUGUGCAGUGUGAGGCAGAGCUGAGUACCCCAGUCACACUCACUCCCCCCAUGCCCACUCAUGUCGCUGGCUCUGCUUCUGGGGCUCUCCCUGGCCCUCCAGCUCUUGGCUCCAGCCCCGGGGCUCCGGCUGCUCAGCACCUUUAACCCGCAGCAUCUCACCAACAACUUCGCGGUGGACGGGGCCGGGGGCCGGCUCUACCUGGCGGCCGUGAACCGCCUGUACCAGCUGCGGCGGGACCUGAGCGUGGAGCUGGAGGACGAGACGGGACCGGUGCCGGACUCCCCGCUGUGCCAUGCCCCGCAGAUCCCCGAGUCCAAGUGCGAGUUCCCGCGGAGCCAGACCCCCAACUACAACAAGCUCCUCCUGCUGGACGCGGAGCAGGGGCUGCUGGUGGUCUGCGGCUCGGUCUACCAGGGGCUGUGCGAGCUCCGGGCCCCCGGGAACAUCUCCCAGGCGGCAGUGCCCUUCCCUCCGCCCGAAGUGGUGCCCAGCAUGCUGAGCGUGGCUGCCAACCACCCCAAUGCCUCCACGGUGGGCAUGCUGUUCAGGAACCCCUCGGGGGACACCCGGCUGCUGGUAGGGGCCACAUACACCGGCUACGGGAGCCCCUUCUUCCACUGGAAUAAGAGCGUGGUCGACCACCGCCUGGAGAACAGCCCCGAGAUCUCGAUCCGCGCCCUGAACGCGCGGAGCCCGGCGCAGCUCUUCACCUUUGACAUCAGCCCCUCGGACGACAACAUCUUCAAGGUGAAGCACGACAAGAAGGAAGCCCACCGCUUGCUCUUCGUGCGGGCCUUCCAGCGGGGGCCCUUCGGUUACCUGGCAAUGAACGUAGAGCCCGCCCCCACAGGGAAGGACAGUCGUCCCAUCAGUGUCCUGGCCCGGAUCUGCCUGAAGCCUGAUUCCCGGGGGGAACCGCGGAAACUCACCGAGUCCUACAUCCAGCUAGGGCUGCGCUGUCUGGGGCCCCGGGACACGCUGUUCGGCAGGCUACUCUCCGUGUUCUCCGACGACCAGCGGAUCUACGGCGUGUUCGAGGGCAAAGGGGAGGCUGCGCUGUGCGCGUUCCGGCUCCGCACCGUGGGGGAGGAGAUCCGCGGAGCGCGGAAACGCUGCUUCAAACAACCGAAAGGCGGAGGAGUGUAUGUCCUGGACAGCGAGGUGCAGGGACCCUUCGCCAGCUGUGAGUUCAGGAAUAUCCAGCUGCAAGAGGAACAGUUGGAUUGCGGGGCUGCCCAUCUCCAGCACCCAUUAGCUGUCAGUCAACCCCUCAAUGCUACAUCCUUGUUUCAAGCAAGAGGACUGACAUCCGUGGCAGUGUCCAGCAUUGGUGGCUACACCGUGGCAUUUCUAGGGACAUCUAAUGGCCAACUUUUGAAGAUUAACCUGAAUUCUAGCUUGGCCGUAGUGAGCAGACAGUCCAUAUCGAUAGCACGGGGUCAGCCUGUUCAUCACAUCAUGCACUUUGAUCCUGUGGAUCCCACCUACCUCUACGUGAUGACAUCAUACCAGAUGGCCCGAGUGAAAGUGGCAGAAUGUAGCAAGUUCCGGACGUGCACGGAGUGUAUGGAAGCAGCAGACGUGUACUGUGGCUGGUGCACUAUGGAAGCCAGAUGUUCCCUGCAGCAGGAAUGUCAAGGGUCCACAGAUACCACAUUUUGGACCAACCCAGGCAUGGGUGGGGUGGAAAAGUGUCCAGCAAUGACAAUUAUUCCCAGUGAAAUCGAUGUGUCCUCUGGUACCAAGUCAAUCAUUUUAAGUGUUACUGGAAAUCUGCCCAACUUGACACAGAUGAACGUGUCCUGUGACUUCGGUAAUGAAGUGCUCAUGCCAGCAAAAGUUGUCUACGAUGCAAUUGGGCAAUGGGUAUCCUGCCCGUUUCUCCCCAGUGAGAAAUACCCACCGUUUCCAUCCAAUCAAGAUUACGUGACUAUUGAUGUCGCCAUAACAGUUGGAGGAAUCCAAAUUACCUGGCACAGCCUUGUCAUCUACGACUGCAAGAGGGCCCAGGCAAUUCAUCCCACCACUCCGUGCACAAGCUGUCUGACAUUACCCUGGAAUUGCACUUGGUGCGCCAGCCAACACGAAUGUACCUCCAAAUCCUUAAAAUGUGACUCUCUUAUCCAGGACACCAGUGACUGCCCAAGUAUAACCAGCUCAAACCUGUUCACCACUCCCACCGGUGUCACCAGAGACUUCACGCUGACGAUGUCCAAUGUGAAUGCCUCACAGGAGCUGGAGCUGGAAUGUGACUUUGGGAUAGGAAGGACGUUCUCAGCAACAUGGAUUAAUUCCUCUAGUGUCCUGUGCGGCAAUGUUCUGCUACAGACACCUGAGAGCAGCCAGAAUUUCCCGGUCAACCUGCAGCUAAGUGGUCAGCGAGGACAAUUCAUUGAUAAUCCGACAAUGCUGACAGUUGAGGUUUAUAACUGCGCUUCGGGUGCCACAGACUGCUCACGCUGUCAGGGCCGCACAGACCUGGGGCAUCUCUGCAGCUGGAGUGAGAACACUGCCUCCUGCAGGUUAACCAAUGACUUGCAGACAAUCCAAGAUACAUGCCCAACUCCAGAGAUCAGAAAGAUAGAGCCAAUCAGUGGACCCCAUCUAGGUGGGACUCUUCUUACAAUACAAGGACGGAACCUGGGCAGUCGCUUCAGUGACAUUGAUGGCAAAGUCAAGAUUGGAGAAAUUCCCUGCACCCCUAUUCUGGAGAAAUAUGUAGUAUCUGCGGAGAUUGUAUGUCAGACGGCCAGGGCGACCAGGGAAUACAGUAAUUGGGUAACAGUGGAUGUGAAUGGAGGUGGACGAUCCAAGGAAAUGUACUCUUUCAUGAUGCCAGAGGUGUUUUCUGUGUCUCCACCUUAUGGUCCCAGAGCAGGAGGUACAAAAAUUUCAAUUUCUGGGAAGAAGCUGGACAUUGGCAAAGAGAUCCAUGUUUUGUUCAAUGGGACCCUGGAAUGCCGAGACCUUGUACGCACCGAGAGCAAUAUACAGUGUACUGUACCAGCAUUGGAAACUUUUAUCACUGGCAACGUAGAAAUCUGUGUCCAGUUUGAAGGAUCAUAUUGUGUCAAUGAUGCACUCACAUUCCAGUAUGAAGAAAACCCUGUUAUCACCAGUAUGGAACCCAAGAUCAGUCACUUGAGUGGUGGACGUGUGAUAACCCUGACUGGGAAAAGGUUUGAUAUGGUGCAAGAUGUGACGAUGGAGAUACAAACCCAGAAAGCUGUUCAAUCAAACUGCACCAUUCUUAGCCCAGUUAUCAUCACCUGUCCUUCACCUAAAGCCCCUAACAGCACCUUGGAAUACAAGAAUGUCAGUGUGGACUUCAUUAUAAAUGGAGUCUACUUGUCAGAGGAGCAAGUGGAUUUUGAAGAAGACCUUGCUGGGGAGGAAAUCCUGUCCAUCGGUAGCAAAUUUAACCUGGAGUACCAGCCAGACCCCAUGUUCUUCACUGCUAAAAAAGAAAAGCUGAUAAAACAUCAUGUAGGGGAACCACUAACACUGGUUAUACAUAAAGAGCCAGACAACUUGGGCUUGAGAGUGGAAGAAUACAAGGUGAAAGUUGGUCAGAUACCUUGUGAGCUGAACAUCUUUAAUGACAAGGUUAUUCACUGCAGCAUCAACGAGUCUCUGAGCUCCUCUGAACGUUAUCUACCUGUGACGAUACAAGUUGGUAAAUUCAAUCAGACCAUCACCACAUUGCAUCUGGCAGGGAUAGACACAUCUAUCAUUGUCUCCAUAGUCAUCUGCAGUAUAUUGUUACUUCUCUCUGUGGUGGCCCUGUUUGUCUUUUGCACCAAGAGUCGGAGAGCUGAGCGUUACUGGCAGAAGACAUUGGUUCAGAUGGAGGAAAUGGAGUCUCAGAUUCGAGAUGAAAUUCGUAAAGGAUUUGCUGAGCUCCAGACAGAUAUGACAGAUCUGACCAAAGAAUUAAACCGCAGCCAAGGAAUUCCGUUCUUGGAGUACAAAUAUUUUGUUACACGUACAUUUUUCCCAAAGUGCUCGUCCCUUUAUGAAGAACGCUACAUCUUGCCAACACAGAACUUCAACUCUCAACUGGGCUUCCAGGUGCAGGAAACGCACCCACUUCUCUGUGGAGAGUGGAAGAUCCCCGACAACUGUCGAAGCAAUAUGGAAGAAGGCAUGUCCCUACUGAGCACCCUUCUGAACAACAGGCACUUUCUCGUCACUUUCAUUCAUGCUGUGGAGCUUCAGAAGGACUUUGCUGUCCGUGACAGGUGUAACUUGGCUUCUCUGUUGACCAUCGCACUGCAUGGGAAGUUAGAGUAUUACACGAGCAUCAUGAAAGAUCUUCUGGUGGAUCUCAUAGACUCGUCAGCCUCCAAGAACCCCAAACUGAUGCUGCGCAGGACGGAGUCUGUGGUGGAGAAGAUGCUGACUAAUUGGAUGUCUAUCUGCAUGUACAGUUACCUUAGGGAGACAGUGGGGGAGCCAUUCUUUCUUCUACUCUGCGCCAUAAAACAGCAGAUCAACAAAGGUUCCAUUGACGCUAUCACUGGGAAGGCAAGAUACACGCUGAAUGAGGAGUGGCUUCUUAGGGAGAACAUCGAGGCCAAGCCUAUGAACCUCAACGUGUCCUUCCAGGGUUGUGGCAUGGAUUCCCUGACAGUGCGCGUACUCGACACAGACACAGUGAGUCAGGCCAAGGAAAAAAUUCUGGAAGCUUUCUGCAAGAACCUGCCAUUCUCCCAAUGGCCACUAGUAGAGGAUGUGGAUCUAGAAUGGUUCCCUUCCAGUUCCAAGAGCUUGAUCCUGCGCAAUCUGGAUGAUACGUCUCUCAUGGAGGAUGGAAAGAAGAAACUCAACACACUAGCACAUUACAAGGUGUGUGAUGGAGCCUACCUGGCCAUGAGUUUGAAGGACAAACGGGAUGACACAUUGGGCAGAGUGAAGGAUCUGGACACAGACAAAUAUUUUCACUUAGUUCUCCCAGCUGAUGACUUAUUAGAGAACAAGAGAUCUCACAGACAGAGUCACAGGAAAAAGGUCCUGCCCGAGAUCUACCUGACACGGCUGCUAUCUACAAAGGGAACCUUACAGAAAUUCCUGGAUGACCUGUUCAGAGCCAUACUGACCAUCCGGGAGGAACGGCCACCACUUGCCAUCAAGUACUUUUUUGAUUUCCUAGAGGAACAAGCAGAGAAGCGAGGUAUUUCUGACCCAGACACUCUGCAUAUUUGGAAAACCAACAGUCUUCCACUGCGUUUCUGGGUGAACAUCCUGAAGAAUCCAGAGUUUGUGUUUGAUAUGGAAAAGUCGGACCAUAUGGACGCCUGUCUAUCCGUUAUAGCACAAGCAUUCAUUGACGCCUGUUCCAUCUCGGACAUGCAGCUGGGCAAGGAUUCUCCAACCAACAAGCUUCUCUAUGCCAAGGAGAUACCAGAAUACCGCAAAAUUGUGCAGCAAUAUUACCGGCAGAUUAAGGAAAUGAACCCAUUGAGCGAGCAGGAAAUGAACGCACACCUUGCAGAGGAGUCACGGAAAUAUCGGAAUAAAUUUAAUACCAACGUGGCAAUGGCUGAAAUCUACAAGUACGCCAAGAAGUACCGCUCCCAGAUUGUCACCGCUCUGGACUCCAAUCCCACCACAAAACGGGCACAAUUGCAGCACAAGUUUGAGCAAGUGAUUAUAUUGAUGGAGGACGAUAUUUACACGUGUAGCAGCAAUGCUUAGUGAGGGAACACGUGAGAUAGGACUAAACAGAGAGCCCUCCUUGUAUGGAAAGAGAACCUGCCACUCAGCACCCUGAGAUUAAGCUUCCAGGUUAUGAGCUCCCUUAUUAGGGGGCAGGUGCUACUUGUACUAAAAUCUAACUACAGCAUCCAGUUCUGGGAGUGAGCCUAUGGA